AAAUCACCACGCAAACCGUUGCUGCACGGCCAGUCCUCUUUUAGCCAGGUAUACGGGCGGAACGUACAGUUUGCACAGUUCAAGUGAUGGAUUACUACUACAGUCUUGUUUCACCGCCCUGCCAGAGUGCAAUACUGGUGGCGAAGAAGCUUGGAAUUACGCUAAAUCUGAAGAAAACCAACAUUCACGAUCCGGUGGAAAAGGAUGCACUUACCAAGCUUAAUCCCCAACACACCAUUCCGACGCUGGUGGAUAACGGCCAUGUUGUGUGGGAAUCGUACGCGAUCGUAACAUAUCUGGUGGAUGCGUACGCGAAGGAUGAUGCACUCUACCCAAAGGAUCCGAAAGUGCGUUCCCUCGUAAACCAGCGUCUGUUCUUCGACAUUGGCACGUUCUACAGGCAGAUCAUCGAUAUUAUCCAUCUGGUGAUGAAGAAGGAACAACCCACCGACGAGCAGAUGGAAAAGUUGAAGAAAGCCAUUGGUCUGUUGGAACACUUCGUUACCGAACGAUCGUACGCUGCAGCAGAUCAUCUGACGGUGGCGGACAUCUGCUUGCUGGGCAGUGCGACCGCACUCAACUGGUUGAAGUACGAUCUGGAACCUUUCCCACAUGUGAAGGCGUGGAUUGCACGGGUAACUGCGGAAAUCCCUGGCUAUGCCGACUUCCGGAAGGAGGCUGAGGAAGCCAUCAAAGCGUACGUCGCCAAUCGAAAGUGAGAACUGAUUGAUGCGAUCGGGGUUUGUUUUGUGAGCUUUAGUGUAGUUUGUUGUGUGGUAAAAUAUAUGUCAGUAUGAAUAACGUUUAAUGUGAAGCUUGUAAAGUAAAAAACAUGUGUGCUUUUGAAUAAAUGGAUUCGGAAGAAUUGAA